AUCGACGACGACAUUACGGUACGGAAGGAGUUUCAUGUGACACCCGUUACCGGUCUGCUGCAAUUGGCGGAGGUGGAAGCGGCCGUCGAUCAGGCCAAGCAUGCAUUAUCUCCAGGCAAACCAGGUAUUCUGUCUGCCUUCUCAGUGUGCCAUUCAUGAAGUCAAGGCAAACGAGACAUGUACCUCCAUCGUGGAUUCUCUGGGCCAUACGGUGUCGACAGCCACCUUUCGAUCGUGGAAUCCCAGCAUCAAUGUAGACUGCUCCAAUGUUGAUGCUUUUGUUGGUGACUAUCUUUGCGUUAGUCACUUCUUCUACUCGUACCCCUCCAUCACCACUACAACAGCCACAUACAAUGCCACCAACUACCAGCUCACCCAAAAAUACACCCUCUGCGAGCAGGCAUUGGCCUACUGCAGCAUCACCUCCGCCGACGAACUCAACGAAUACAUAGAACGGACUGUGUGGGUCGAGAAACAACGGCUGGGUGUGCACGGGGUCUGAGUUUGGCGAUUGCUGCAGCAAUUAUGGAUACUGAUGAGUUUUCCUUGAGGCUAUAAUGUUCGGAUGCUAAUCGUGGAUAGUGGGUCAACUAGCGAGUACUGCUCUUCGGUCCGCCAACCGACAUUUAUCCUUCCUUCAAGAUAGUAUUAUUCUCAUCUAUUCUCUUUCAUCUCUUCUUUUAUCCUUGUUAUUCAUUAUAAAAUUAUACUAUAUAAUACAAUGUCCGGAACAAUCCAGCACUGGCCCGGUGGAAUCCCCC